AUACUCAGUCUCUGGCCAGAAGGAGCGAUGUCUGAGCCGCUACGAGACAUCCAGUUUAUUCAAGUAGUCAUCAAAAUUCUCAGGAACGAACAUGUGAACUUUUUCAUUACUUCAUUUCUGAUUCUUUUUGCGAUAUACCUGUCUGUACUCGCGGCAUUCGGUAGAAACAUUGUUCAUCCGUUCAUCGAUCUCCAGCCCUCUGUAGACGAUGAGCAAACGGUUUCCAUUAGUCUUAUCACAUCGACGUUUUCCAUCUUCAUUCUAUUAGUGAUGUCACUUUGUUUGGGAAAAUUGCUUGAAUAUGUUUCAUCUCCGCCUUUAUUUGGUUGCCUACUGGUCGGCUUCUUAGUAAAGAACGUUAGUGCUUUGAAUGAGAUGUUCUACGUGAAUCCACGAUGGGAGUGGUGCAUUCGAACGUUGGCGCUCACUGUUAUUCUCAUCCGUUGCGGAAUAGGCCUCAGUUGGGACUACCUGCGCAAGGCGAUGGCGGUUACUCUCGGCCUCGGAUUUCUUACGGCAGCCGUCGAAAGCGGCAUGAUCGCGAUCGCUGCUAUUUUUGUAUUCGGUUGGUCUGUGCCAAUUGCCUUUGUAUGCGGGUUCGUGCUAACAGCCGUCUCACCAGCCGUCAUUGUUCCUGUGAUGCUUGAGCUUCAAAAUCAAGGUUUAGGAGCGAGAAAGGGUAUACCGACUUUAGUGCUGGCGUCUGCUACACUUGAUAACAUAUUUUGCAUCACAGCAUUCUCAGUCACCGUCACCAUAGUAUCGUCAUCCGAGCCACUGAUUGAAGUUGUCGGAGUGACUGUGGCUCAGCUUGUGAUUGGUACUGUAAUUGGGCUGUCUCUAGGUUGGAUUUCAUGGUGGUUCCCCCUUCCAUCCGCGAGAAAUAGUUCAGUUUGUCGAACGUUACUACUUGCCAGCAUACCAUCGGCUAUUGUACUCGGUGGAAACGUGCUCGGAUUUCCAAGUGCAGGAAUCAUCGCGGCAACUUUGAUUUGCUUUCUUGUUGGUGUUCGGUGGAAGACGGACAACGACGAUAAGAUGACGUGGAAAACGGUGCUGACUGGAUGUGCGUUAAUCGGCAUUGGAGUAGCAUGCAGAUUCCUUGCAGGAAUCGUCUUCUCUUGCUGUUCCGACUUUAACAUGAAGGAACAGCUCGUCAUCGCUCUAUCAUUCAUACCCAAAGCGACUGUACAAGCUGCACUGGCGCCGAAUAUAGCAGCACUUGCUUUCGCCGACAGCGGACUAGAAAAUGAAGUCCACAUGGCGAAAAGAUCAAUUGAUGACCUGGAAAUCGCCAGUAAAGGAUUUAACGGUGUCAGUACGACUACAACGUCAAAACACGACGAAAACCAUCAGUUUCAAAGAUUUUAG